AUGAAGAAGUUCAACAUCAGGAAGGUGCUGGACGGCUUGAAGGAGGCGUCCUCCUCCUCCACCCCGUCCGUGCAAGUGGGGCCGCAGGAGAACCACCUGAUCCAGGAGAGCCUCCAGUCCGAGCAUUUCCAGCUCUGCAAGACUGUCCGCCAUGGCUUCCCCUAUCAGCCGUCGUCCAUGGCGUUCGACCCCGUGCAGAAGAUCCUGGCCUUCGGCACCCAGAGCGGAGCCCUCAGAUUUUUUGGCCGUCCAGGUGUGGAGUGUUACUGUCAGCACGAGAGCGGAGCUGCCGUCAUCCAGCUGCAGUUUCUUAUCAAUGAGGGAGCGCUGGUGAGUGCUCUGGCCGAUGACAGCGUCCACCUGUGGAACCUGAGGCAGAAGAGACCGGCCAUCCUUCACUCCCUUAAGUUCAGCAAAGAGAGAAUAACUUACGUCCACCUGCCCUUCCAGAGCAAGUGGCUGUACAUCGGCACGGAACGAGGGAAUAUCCACAUCGUCAACGUGGAGUCCUUUACCCUCUCAGGCUACGUGAUCAUGUGGAACAAAGCCAUCGAACUGUCCUCCAAGGCUCACCCCGGUCCUGUCGUCCAUAUCACGGACAACCCAAUGGAUGAGGGAAAGCUUAUAAUUGGAUUCGAGUCUGGGAUCGUGGUCAUGUGGGAUCUGAAAUCAAAGAAGGCCGAAUAUCGCUACACUUACGAUGAGGCGAUCCACUCAGUUGCCUGGCAUCACGAGGGCAAGCAGUUCAUCUGCAGUCACUCGGAUGGAACUCUGACCAUAUGGAACGUCAGAGGCCAGGGCAAACCCAUACAGACAAUCACCCCACACGGAAAACAGCCCAAGGACGGGAAGAAGCCAGAGCCUUGUAAACCCAUUCUCAAAGUGGAGUACAAAACCACAAGAAAUGGGGAACCCUUCAUAAUCCUGUCUGGGGGGCUGUCCUACGACACGGUGGGCCGUCGGCCAUGUCUGACUGUAAUGCACGGAAAGAGUACGGCUGUGCUGGAGAUGGACUAUCCCAUAGUAGAUUUCCUCACACUCUGUGAGACACCAUACCCUAAUGAUUUUCAGGAACCUUACGCUGUGGUGGUCCUUCUGGAGAAGGAUUUAGUGGUGAUCGACCUUGCACAAAAUGGUUACCCCAUAUUCGAGAACCCCUAUCCUUUGACCAUCCACGAGUCUCCUGUGACCUGCUGCGAGUACUUUGCCGACUGCCCUGCCGACCUCAUACCUGCACUUUACUCCGUUGGCUCGCGGCAGAAACGACAGGGCUACAGCAAAAAGGAAUGGCCCAUUAGUGGUGGAAACUGGGGUCAAGGCACACAAAGCUACCCGGAGAUCAUCAUCACUGGGCACGCUGAUGGAACUGUGAAGUUCUGGGAUGCCUCUGCAAUAAUGCUCCAGGUGCUCUACAAGCUGAAAACAGCCAAGGUGUUUGACAGGAACCGGUCCAAGGAGGACAAGGGCAGCGCGGACAUGUCGGACGAAGACCCCUUCGCCAUCCAGAUUAUGGCCUGGUGCCCCGAGAGCCGGAUGCUGUGCGUGGCCGGUGUGUCGGCCAACGUUAUCAUCUACCGCUUCAGCAAGCUGGAAGUAACUACCGAGGUGGUGCAGCUACUUGAGGUGCGAAUGCAGUACGAGCUCAACGACAUGGAGUCUCCAGAUGGCGGGGGCGGAGGGGGGGAGCAGACGCCGGCGCUCCCAACACCCGGCGCCUCCCCUCAGACGAGCGGGCCGCCUUCACACCCCUCCACCAGCAGCAACAACUCUGACGGAGGCAACAUGCCCUGCCUCAAAGUGCGCAGUACCCCUCUGAAGCAGUCUGCAGGCUACCAGGUGGACUUGGUGGUCCAGUUAGUGUGGGUGAGUGGAGAGCCGCCCCAGCAGAUCACAAGUCUGGCGCUCAAUUCCUCCUACGGCCUAGUGGUGUUUGGCAACAGUAACGGUCUGGCGGUUGUGGACUACAUCCAGAAGACGGUCGUGCUCAACUUGGGGACGGUCGAGCUUUACGGUGCCAACGACCCCUACCAGAGGCAGCCCCGGUCGCCAAGAAAGACAAGGCAGCCGUCUGGAGGUCUCUGUGACAUCAACGAGGGCUCAGCCACAUCAGAGGACCGCUGCAAGUCGCCUACUUCAGUGUUGACGUCAAACAGCAAUCUACAGCAAUUCUACAAUGGAGGUGGUAGAGGAGCAAAGAUGUCACGGAAAUUAAGCUUGCCUACUGAGCUAAAGCCAGACUUGGUCCUCCUGUCUGUAUGCCCGCCGCGGGGUGCCAACCCAUUAGACCACCGGGACAAUUCCUUCAGCCGCUCUCGCUCCUCCAGCGUCACCAGCAUCGACAAGGAAGCCCGGGAGGCCAUCAGCUCCUUCCACUUCUGCGAGACCUUUGUCCGGAAGGGGGACAGCGCCCUGACACCUUGCCUGAAUGUGGGCACGACCCUGGGAACCGUGCUGGCUCUGGCUCUCACAUUGCCCCCUGCUGGCGAGCAACGGCAGCUGCAGCCGGUUAUCAUUUCACCUACUGGCAUGUUGGUACGACUGAAGGGCAGCAUCAUGCGGAUGGCUAUCCUGGACUCCACAGGGUCCGUGCUGCCCCCCCCGUACGAGCCUUGGUUCGAACCUAACGUCACAGUAGACGGCGAAGAGCGAGAGAAGGUCCGUAAGCGCCGGCCCGUCUCCGUGUCCCCUUCCACCUCGCAGGACCUCAACGAGAGCCAGUACGCCGUGGUGUGUUCGGAGAAACAGGCCAAAGUCAUCUCCCUCCCCUCGCAGACCUGCAUCCACAAACAGAGCAUCACGGAGACGUCGUUCAUCUUACGGGCGGACGUGGUGCAGAUGAAUCUGGGCGCGUGUCUGGCUUGUUUCUGCGCCAACGGCCACAUCAUGACCCUCAGUUUGCCGGGCUUGAGACCGCUCAUGGAUGUAAACUACCUGCCUUUGACGGACAUGCGGAUAGCCAGGACGUUUUGCUUCACAAACCUCGGUCAGGCCAUGUACCUCUGCUCCCCCACCGAGGUUCAGAGGAUCACCUACAGUCAGGACACCUGUGAGAACCUGCAGGAGAUGCUGGGUGAACUUUUCACACCAGUAGAAACACCAGAGGCUCCCAACAGAGGGUUCUUCAAAGGCCUCUUCGGGGGAGGAGCCCAGUCACUGGACAGAGAGGAGCUCUUCGGCGAGAUAUCAUCUGGAAAGGCAUCUCGAGGCCUGGCCCAGCACAUCCCAGGCCCCGGUGGCCUCGAGGGCAUGAAGGGGGCGGCCUCCGGUGUGGUCGGAGACCUGGCACGCGCCCGAAUAGCGCUGGACGAAAGAGGCCAAAAGCUGGGCGAGCUGGACGAGAGGACGGCUGCCAUGAUGGCCAGUGCAGACUCCUUCUCCAAACACGCCCAUGACAUGAUGCUGAAGUGCAAGGACAAGAAAUGGUACCAGAUCUGAUCAGCACCAGGGGAGGAGCAAAGGCUUUC